GUCAACUCACGAGUCGGCCUAUACGCUUACCUGAACGCGGCCCUGUGUGCCAGGCCGUUGACAGACGACAUGUCGCUAUUCAACCAUCUUCACGCCAAAUAUCAAAACGACACGCAGUCUUUGGUUUCGGAUUUGACUACUGCCUCUUUCGAUGUACUUGCGAACGCCCUACAGCAACGUCGAUCACCAAACCACAUCCUCUGUUAUCGCUCCUUCAUUGCCAACAAGUUGCCUAUGCUGAUAGCGACUCUAUCUGGAUCUUUCCCGCCGAUGACUGCUCAGAUUGCUAUCCAGAUGGCGUUGGGCAGAAUUGACGUUCACCCGUUCCCGCCAUUGUCCACAGACGACGACAAGACCAACAACGAGACACUCAAGAAAAGUCGGCAAGAAUUUGUGCAAGCCUGCAUCCUGUUCCAACUUGGCAACGAGCAGGCCUUCUACUCUGUCAUGGGUGAGCCACCUGCUCCGGUCUCUCCGCGUGUGAUUAGGUACAAUAGACAGUCUUUGGCCCAGCAGUGUUUUGCCAAUGUACACCGUGUCGAGGAACUAGCUCGCGAGCUUGAGAGUAUGAAUGGUAAUGCAGGGGCAAUUGCGGGUGCCUUGGUCGACACAGUGCAGCACUUUUACUCUUCGAAGGACACAAUGUCUUUGCGAACACUUUGCAACAUCCUCUCCCGUCGUCUGCCUUUGAUGGACAUCAUUCUUCAAUACUCGCAGCCUGCCGAUUUGCUUUCCCCGCUGUGCAGCUUACUCAAUGAAUGGACACACGACGAAGAUCAGAGUGAAUUUCAACCACCUUAUGAGGAGUUCGCUUCGGUCUUGUUGCUCAUACUGGCAACGAUGCAUCGAUACGAGCUGACAGAAUCUGAAAUUGGAUCGUUCGCUUCCGAUUCGUUCAUCAUCAAGCUUCUCAACAACUUUUCCACCAGCAUGCCUGUCAGCGCGCUUGAUCAUGAUCAGCACAAGCAAUUCACAAAGUGGGUUCAAGGCUUGUACGCGACCGAUGAGCAAGGCGAAACGAGCGGUAUCAGCGAUGAGACCAUGUCGCACUGUCCACCUCAGUCAUUCUAUUUACUUGUGCCAACGCUGUUCGAGCAGAGUGUUCAGGCAUGCAAGCUUCUUGUCCUCAACAUGAACACCUUGAAAGGCGGACUUGAGUUUUUAUUGGAACCGUUCCUGCUCCCUUCGCUCAUCUGUGGACUGAGUUGGGUCACGAAGCACUCAUGGGAGGACCAUGGUGACACUGAGAUCCUGCUUCAGAUGCUCCGAAAGCUACUUCAGCCAGAUUCAAUCUCCGGAGAUGCUCAAGCAAUGCAUCAAACCAUACUUGGAAUGAUCGCACGACCGCUGGCUAUGUCUUUGCAGGCUCUACAGCGGAGACAGCCAAAGCGCAAGGACGUCGUUCCUCUGAUUGAUGUUCUAGGACCCUAUGUCGAAAGCCAAAGAUCGGGUAAGUGCAGUGCUGCCGAGAUCAAUGAGUGGUCAACUACGGCGGACGGUGGCUUGCGCGCCGUUGUUCGCAACACCAUUCGCGGUCUAGUCCGAUGGUCGUCUCAGGCUAGCAUCAAUUCCUUGCCUUACAACUACACUCACAAAACCAUGAUCGCCACUCUUGAGAUUCUUGGCGCAGACGAAGUUCUGGCUGUUAUAUUGGAUGAGCUGAAGUCUCAAACACUAAACGGAUCAGGCUCGGCAGCACUCGAGAUUGCCACCACUAUCGUCUGUGCACCUUUGCCAGUGCCUGCGCUUUCUCAGGCCAAUGCUCUCAUGCAGUUCGAUCAGAGUGCGCCUGCACCUGUUAAUCAACGACGCACGCUACGUCAAGCUCUGCAGGCGCAACUUGGUGAACCCAAAGCGCUGUUGAUUAUGGACACUGAGCGUGUUGAAGCAUUAGUGAGGCUUGGCCGACGUGUUGAAGCACAGCUUGUUAUU